UCUGUCGCGAUCUCAACUGGAAGCGGGAUUAUUAAUAGUUAGGUAAUAUCCAAACUCUCGGACCCAAUUGUCCGUAUCUCAAAUACCAGCUUAAGAGACUACGUGGAACAAUAGAGCUGUAUGCGAAUAACACUCUAGAUUAACGAGAUAGUCUAUCACAAUGCCUGGUCUUAAUGGUCCAGAUGCAGCGCAGAAGAUCAGCUCGCUUCAAUCGCGAAUACAAGCACUUGAAUCCAACCUACCCGAACUUCUCGCCCGCCGGGAAGCUUUGAUAUCGCAAGUCCGUCAAUGUCCUGCCAUCGCCUCUCAGCUACCAUCUGAACCUACCGAUGCAACCCCCACCGCGCCACCCAAAGCAGAGGAUCCUCAGAACGCAACAGCCACAGAUUUGACAGCCGAAGCAACACCUGCAGAUAGUGAAGUCAUUGCUGCCGCGAAGAAAAUCAACGACCAGCAUAUCCGCAAGCUACACGAAUACAACGAGAUCCGGGAUGUAGGCCUUGGUUUGAUGGGCAUGAUUGCCGAGAAGAGAGGAACACGGGUGGUGGAGGUGCAGCGAGAAUUCGGCAUUGACACAGCGGAUUGAAAAAUUUGCCGUAUUAGUCGAAAGUUUUAGCGAUAGGCGUAUAUGAGCUUGUUCGGUCGUUCCAUGAGCGAGAUCGUUCAACAGUGGAGCUGGUCAUGGGAAUGAGCCUUAUAGGAGUUGAUAUAGGCUGGAGGACAGUCGGAAUCAUGCGCUGAACAUACUGCAUACACUACCAUGUCCCAGGCGGUGUCGGCUGGGUUGCGGGACACGGGAAGGAUGAUUCCGUUUAUGCAAGCUACACGCCGUCUCAAUAAUGAAGGAAUGAAUGCGGU